CCUGGGUGCUCCGGCCGGAGAGUGCGGGCCGGCGUGAUCAUAACACCUGACGGGGCCUGGGGAAAACAAUGGCGGGGAAAAAGCCCGAGAGUGAUUUUCCUUCUACCGUGCAGCAGAGAACCCUCUGGAGCCAUGAGUGUGCUGCCCCGGUCACCUGAAACUGGCGCUGCCGCCGCCUGCCUCCUGCCUGCCUGCCUGUCUUCCUGCCUUCCUGUUUGCAGCCCUUUCUCCAUCUCUGUCCGUGCCUCCCUCCACACGCCCUCCACCCGCCCACGUUACGGGGCUAUUGCGCCGCAGACCCCCCGGCCACCGCCACCGCCCUUGCCUCUUGCGGGAAAACAAAAACAGAAUGUGGCGCGGCUGAGCACUUUUCUCGUCUGCCUGCUCCGCUUGGGCCGCGCUCAGCGUUUUGGCGGGACGGCGGAAAGCCACCAAGACGGCACGCGCGGCCACCGAGCUAGUUUUUGACAGCGCAGAGCCGGCAGCGCGGCAUAAUAAGGGGGAGCGACACAGACGGUGUCGUGGGCGCGCGGCCCGCGCAGCAGAAAAUUUUUUUUCCCGCUGUCCGUGUGCCUUGUUUGGGUUUUCCCUCUUUCACCGCCGCGGACAAUGGCCCGGCUGUGGAGCAGG